GAAAAAAAACCCUUUCUCGUAUACUACAAAAAAAAAAAAAAAAUAUGACCAAAGGAAACCUUAAAGCUACUGUUGUUGAAGCAAAAAAGUUGACCGAUGUAGACCUAUUUGGUAAAAGCGACCCUUACGUUAAACUUGUUCUUAGUGAUAAUAAAUCUCAGUCAACUACGAUCAAGAAAGGCGAAUUGAACCCAAAAUAUAACGAAGAAUUUAAUUUCGUAACUGACGGAGAAAAGGAGCUCAAAGUUGAAGUUUGGGACAGAAAUACUAUUGGUUCUGAUGAAUUAAUUGGUUCAGAAGUUAUUCCACUUGCUAAAGUUUACGAAUCCGGUUUCUUAGAUACUUGGAUCAAAAUAAAAUCUAGUCAUAGUAAAAGAAGUCAGGGAGAAUGUCAUAUUAUUUUAGAAUUCGCUUAUUAAAAAGCUAUAUUUAUUGUAAUUAAAUUUCAUGUGAUAUAAUCAAAUAAAGUGAAUGUGAAUAUCGUUAACAGGUUUUACCCUUUUUACAUAUGUAUUACGAGCAUGAGCAUGAAAAUCAUUCAGCCAAAUUUUAAUUACACCUUAUUCAAUCAUGAACUGAAACAUUUUAGGAAAUAUUGUUUUUUUGUGUAGACAAUAUAUAAAUUAAAAUAAAAAUAUCACAGCAC